AACUACCUAAACAUGGAGAGUAACAAGAUUUUUGUAGUAAUUUUGGCACUUCUAGUUAUUUCAGUUAAUGGACAGAUAAGCACUCCUUGUACAGCUUCAAUGAUCAGCAGCUUCACUCCAUGCAUAAAUUUUAUCACUGGAAGUACCAACAAUGGCUCAACACCAUCUUCCAGCUGCUGCAACUCAUUGAAGUCAUUAAUGGACACUAGUAGGGAUUGUGCUUGUCUGCUAAUCACUGCCAGUGUCUCCUUUCAGCUUCCGAUCAAUCCGACUCUGGGGAUCUCCCUCCCGCGAGCCUGUAACAUGAGCGGUGUUCCGCUGCAGUGCAAAGCCACUGGUUCUCCUCUCCCAGCUCCAGGUCCUGAGUUAUUAGGCCCAAUUCUUCCACCUCUAGCGGCUCCUGCUUUAAGUCCAAAAGCUUCAAAAGCAUCAACAGCAUCAGCUCCAGCACCAGAACCAGAAACAACCACACCACCAUCUCCACCAGAGGCUCCUGAAACAACUCCAGGGGUUCGACCAGUGCUAACCCCUCCGGCAUCUGGAGCUGAAAUUCUCAAAUACUCUCCACACUCUGCCCUUCUAAUCCUUUUACUGUCCAUGGUUUUUAGAUACAAUUAAGGUCGUAACUAACAUACAGCAACCCAUCCUUGUGUUUGUGUUAUAUACUCUGUAGUUUGGUUGGUUUGUUUCAAAAACUUUUCAAUGGGUGAGAGCCAAUGAAUGUCAAUUUGAUUGAGAAGCCAAUAAUGAUUCAUUGACAUAUCACUAAAGCAUAUCUUCUAUUAUAUCUCUA